AUGAUCAUCCUUUACAACACUAGCCUCCAAAAAGCCACUUUCUUCCUGACGGGUUUUCAAGGUCUAGAAGAGAUCCACAGCUGGAUCUCCAUCCCCUUCUGCUCCAUCUACCUGACUGUUAUUCUGGGGAACGUUACCAUUCUCCAUGUUAUCCGAACUGAUGCCACCCUCCAUGAACCCAUGUACUAUUUCUUGGCCAUGCUGGCCCUCACAGACUUGGGCCUUUGCCUGUCUACACUGCCCACUGUGCUGGGCAUCUUCUGGUUUGAUGCCAGAGAGAUUGGCAUCCCUGCCUGUUUUACUCAGCUCUUCUUCAUCCACACCUUGUCUUUAGUGGAGUCAUCAGUUCUCUUAUCUAUGUCCAUUGACCGCUACGUGGCUAUUUGCAACCCAUUGCGUUACUCCACCAUCCUGACUCCCAGACGGAUUGUCAAGAUGGGGCUGAGCUCAGUGCUGAGAAGCGCUCUCCUCAUCCUCCCAUUGCCAUUCCUCCUCAAGCGCUUCCAAUACUGCCGCUCCCAUGUGCUGGCGCAUGCCUACUGUCUGCACCUGGAGAUCAUGAAGCUGGCCUGCUCUAGCAUCAUUGUCAACCACAUCUACGGACUCUUCGUGGUGGCCUGCACCGUGGGUGUAGACUCCCUGCUCAUCUUCCUCUCAUACACCCUUAUCCUCCAGGCUGUACUAGGCAAAGCCUCCCACCAGGAGCGCCUCCGGGCCCUCAACACGUGCAUCUCCCACAUCUGUGCUGUGCUGCUCUUCUACAUCCCUAUGAUUGGGUUAUCCCUUGUGCAUCGCUUUGGUGAGCAUCUGCCCCGCAUUGUUCACCUUCUGAUGUCUUAUGUGUAUCUUCUGGUACCUCCCCUCAUGAACCCCAUUGUCUACAGCAUCAAGACCAAGCAAAUUCGACAACGUAUUAUUAAGAAGUUCGAGUUUGUAAAGUCACGUAGGUUAACCUGA